GGCUUCGCGGAGGCUCAGACACAAUGAACCGUCAGAUGGUGAGGGGUACGCAUGUUAAGCCGAACGUAUUAGCACGGUUUUAGAACAUUAUUAUUCUCAUUUGUGCCUUUUCUUUGAUUAAUUUAAUCAAUUUCAAACUACUGAUACGCUAUAUGGCGGUAACAAGGCUCAGCUGGAAACGGUUGGUUCGUCGAGUUUGGUGAAAACGAGGUCAGGCUCAGACUACCGUUAAGUUAGCCCCUCCUGGCGGAUUUUGUUUCGUUAUUUUUUUCUAGAUAAAGACCACAAAACAAGGCAGAUAACAAUGUCGUUGACUGCUUCGUCUGAUUACUUCGCUGCCGAGUGUCUGGUGUCGAUAUCCAGCGGUCCUGUCCUGCACAGACCCACCCCAGUCGCCCCUGCCACCCAGUCGGCCACGGUGGGCCUUCUCCCCGGAGACCCCGACGGGUCGAGUGAGGACAGGGAAGUGCGGGAGACACUGAGGCUGGAGGGGGCGAACAUGAUGGUUGUGGCCGGUAUCCUCACCGACCUGCACGGCAAGUUCCGCCCCAUGUCGGCCUACUCGGAGAGCAGCAACUCCUCGUGUGGUGGGGAGAGCGGUUACACCACGUUGUCCGACCCGACCACCCCUACCAUGACCCCAUCCGCCACCCCGGUCCCCGGACAGCAGCAGCAGCUGAGGGGGGGAGGAGGAAGCGUGGGGGCCCCGCGGUCCCCGGUGAAGCGACAUCAGUGCACUUUUGACGGUUGCGACAGAGUUUACGGGAAAUCGUCCCACCUGAAGGCACACAUCCGGACACACACAGGUGAAAGGCCCUUCCCAUGCACCUGGCCUGACUGUGAGAAGAAGUUUGCCCGCUCUGAUGAGCUCGCCCGCCACACCCGCACCCACACAGGGGAAAAGCGCUUCCUGUGUCCACUGUGCGAUAAGCGCUUCAUGCGCAGCGACCACUUGAUCAAGCACGCCCGCCGCCAUCCUGACUUCCAGCCCUCAAUGUUGGGCCGCUACAAGGGCACGUCCACCACUCCCAGUUCAGCCGUGCACCAUUAGGAUGGUUUGGGUUGGGGGGUUUCCUGGCAGGAGCACAGAAGGUCACAGUGGUUUCAAGUUAACCAGCUACAGUCAGAGCCACUGAUUAGGAUUUAGCAUUGCUGUGUUGUACUCCAAAAUGUACACGUAAUAACCCAUACAUACAACACAAUCCGCACAGAGCUGGAUGUGAGGGGGGGCAGCUUCAUCCCUCCAUCAACACAGAUGAGUCGUGACCACUAUCCACCUACUCAACAUAACUAGGGUUGGUAGAACACUCCAAAUCUAUAAGUGGGGAUUUGUUAAGAAAUGUGCUUUUCGAUUCCAUUUAUCGUUUCCUGAAAGCAAAGUUUGGACCUACUGCACUUCAUUUACAUUGCCGGUUACACAUGUAUCAAAGUACGUGUAUAAUGUUUACAAUAUGACGGACUGGAGCUAGCUUUCACAAGUUUAGCUAUGCUUCACAAAAGACAGUAAUGAUGCAGUGAAAUGUAAUCACUGCAUGAAAAUAAAUACAUGCAAGGAAAGAAAAUCAGUCUAAUGUGACAACACACUUCAGAAUGUAAAAGAAUGCAUUUUUUUAAUGUCCUGUAUCAUGACAUAGUGCCAUUAAAUGACACUUUUUUAUAGAUCAAAUAACCAGAUAGGAAUAUCUGUUUUUGGUUAAUCCACUCAAUUAAAUACAGGGCUAAUCAAGGUACUUCAUCACAUUGAUGCAAGAUUCUGUAAAACAAUAAUGCCAUAAAAUAGCCCCAGGCUUUAAUGCUUUUGAAAGCAUAAUCAAAUGUAAUUUUCCAUAGCACAAGAGAGAAUAUUUAUUUUUCUUUUGUUUUUAAUCCCCAAAAACAUUCUUCGACGCAGCCUAAAGCUUAAAUAAAUAAAUGAUUUUUUACUUUCAACAUACUUUGGUUUCUUUUUUUUACUCAGGAUUCGAUUAGAAUGGGAAUCGUUAAGCAGAUUUGAAUGGAUAAAAUGAACCCAACCCUAAAUAAUAACCUCAUUUUCUCAGACACUUUCACAAAUUGCAGGGAUUUUUCACAUUUUCUGUAAAAAAUCUGCACAUUCGUCGUCAGCCAAAACUCUGGUUUCUUGUGGUUAAUUUGUAGAUUGUUGUUGUGCUCUUCGGUACCAUUUAUUUACCAUGAGUAGCACAACAUUGUGAUGUUUGGUAGCGAGGCAGUGACUAGAAGCCUUUUAAGCUUUUUUUUUUAUAGCUUUGUUGACUCCAUAUAAGUUUUAGUGGUGACACAUUCCUUCAUUUUUAUUGCAUUGGUAACCAUCAUUGAGGCGAUUUUGUAAUGUUUUCUUUAUAUCCAAUUUAACUAUAUAUCAAAUAUUGAUUAUGCCAGUAAGUGGAUCAAGCUUCACUGUAGAAGAGCUGUUUGCACGCCAUCCUUAAGUCUAGAUCAGUUAUCCCCCAUAAAUGCUGACACGUAAUACACAGUACUCGUAUUGUGUCUAAUACUGAUGCAAAUGUAUAUAAGCUUUUAAUGUAGAUAAAUGGUAAUGCUACUAGCUGCAGAAUUAAUAAAUGUCAUGAAUUUUAGUCCUUAUAUUAGGGGUAACAGUAUAUUCUUGAUAGGUUGGCAUUGCCUACAAGUGUCGGUGUGUAUGUGUUUUUAUUUACAUUUUUGUUAGCGACAGAACUGGGGAAAAUAUGCGAUAUCAAAAUAUUUUGAGAGGUAAAAAAAGAUGAGAUGAGCUUGACUUUCAGCCUGUUGCCUUCAAAGUAAAAGCGUUCAUCCCACUCAUGGG